CACAGCAAGUGUGUGUUAAAUUAAUUUAAAUGUUUGGUUAUGUAAUUUUUGUUUUCGCUUGGGCACGGAAUGAACAACAAGCGCUGUAAUACAACGUCGAGAAAAGUAUUUGGUGAAGUGCGCUUUUAAGAAAAUGACAUAAAAUACGUUAACUUCAGUAUGUAUAAAUCUUACAGUGAUACUAAUAUUUAUGUCAUAUUCUUUUCAAGGACAAUCUUAAACAUGUAGACGCAUACGACGUUUGAAAUUCUGGGUAUUAUUGUCGAACACUAAUUGCUUAUCCAACACGUCACUUUUGAAAUUCUGGGUUUUAUUUACGUACAAAAAUUGCUUAUCAAACACGUCAUGAUUAAAAGUGGUCACCCCGGCUGGAUGGUUUGCAGGAUUUUAGCGCGUUUUAUUCCGCCUUUACGGAAACACCUACUGGUUGACAAGGAAAAACAUCAUGAUAUUGAUGACCUGGAGAUGAAGGUUGUGAGAUACAAACCGGAAGGCCUUGAUAUUCUCUGCAAGAACACAAAGUUCUCCAAGAAAGAACUUCAGAUCAUGUACAGAGGGUUCAAGCAGGAAUGCCCAACGGGAAUAGUGAACGAAGAGACGUUCAAAGAAAUAUAUGCUCAAUUCUUCCCACAAGGCGACGCGACUGCCUAUGCUCACUACGUGUUCAAUACAUUCGACCAUGACAAAAACGGGUCCAUUAGCUUCGAGGAGUUCGUGAUGGGGUUGUCCGUUCUCGCGAGGGGGACACUUCUAGAGCGGCUCCAGUGGGCGUUCAGCCUGUAUGACGUCAAUGGGGACGGCAUCAUCACUAAAGACGAGAUGGUGGACAUCGUGGGGGCCAUCUAUGAGAUGAUGGGACGCUUCACCCUGCCGGCAAUUGACGAGUACAGCGCACGGGAGCACGCGGAAAAGGUGUUCCAGAGAAUGGACCUAAACAAAGACGGUGUUAUAUCAUUUGAAGAAUUUAUGGAAACGUGUAGAAUGGAUGAUAACAUAGUGCGAGGCUUGUCUCUCUUUGAUACAGUGAUCUAGCUUGUGGAGGGGAGAACAAAUCAUUGGCAUCGGAUUAUUGUUGUUCAAAACUAUGAACAGCGACAGCCAUAUCGAGCGCUUCUAUGACAACCAGAUAUCUAAAGUACACAAAUGAACGGAUGAUGAUUUAUAUCGCGUAGACAAACUCAAUAUGUAUAUUAUGUAGUCAGUGAAACAAAUAUUAAUGAGUACUUGAGUACUUCGCCGUGACUUGACAGUGUGUGGUACAUUUCCUCGUCGCAUGAAGAGAAUGAGUAGGGACAAUAAUGUUUUUCUCGUGAUGAUGUAUACCAAUGGAAUAGUUAUUUUCACUGUUUGGCUUAACUCAUAAUUCUUCGAAAUUGGAAUUCCGAUUCGUAGAUAGAAUUAAAUUAAUGUACAUCCCUCGGGAGUCCAUUUUAUUUUGAACAUGAAAUUGUCUGCAAACAAAAUACCAGUGUAUGUCUACAAUUUAAUAUUCUACAAAUAUUAAUAACAGAAAAUAUGUGUCAAUUACGCAAAAGCAAUAAUAUUGUUCACGUAGAAAACGAAAUCCGAAACAUUUUAACUCUUAUCGUAUAUCAACUGUUACUUAAUUGAUAAACGUUCGUUAAAGCAAAACAUUGCUUUUACACAACUCAUUUAAACUGUUCUACUAACACAUAUUAAUAGAUAAAAAUGUUCACAUGAAUUUGUUUGAACUUAUCAUAGCACGUGACUCGAACCAAAGCUUCAUACAAUCAUACAUACAUAACGGAGAGCUUGAAGGAUCAAUGUAUUAUGUAUGGUCACAAUCAAUUGUAUGUUUAUUGUAAGAAUAUCAAUGCGGAUGCCAUUGUUUGUAUGCAUUGUUUGAUUAUAAAACGCAUGUAAAUGUGAUAUUUCUUUUUCAUAUGAUAUUAACUAUGUAUAACGUUA